AUGGCUGCUCCUUCUCUUCCUCAGAAUUUCAACACUCUCUCCAUUGAUCGGCUCGAGCUCGCUCCCGAUCAGAGCGCUAUCAACUGGUACUCCUACACAGGGAGCAUGCGCCGCCUCCUCGGCGUCAUCCACAUCCCCAACACCUCCUCCACCCUCCUCGACCUUGUCCUCCGCCAUGCUGCCGCUCUCCCGCCAACGCCCCCUAUGUCCCCUGGAUCGGCCCCCACUCUCCCGCCUGACCCUGGACCUGAACCUGACGAACCAGAUCUGCCCGCUGCCUCCACGGAUCCUGUUCGCCAAGCCGCUGAUGAAGCAGCCUACGAUCUCGAGCGGCGUCGGUUCCUCACGCUCCGAGCGGACCAUCGUGCGGCUCGCGAGCAAUACGACGCCAUAAUAAAUCACCGCACCAUGGCUGACCGCUACACUCUCGCGCUCGCUGAAUAUACCGCUAAAGCUGCUGCUUGGAAGGAAUCUGACCUUUCUGCCUCUAAUAUUAUCCUUGGUGGUCUCCCCCCCGCUCUAAUGCGAGACUUUCAGGAACAAGAGCUUCACGCACCUGCCCUUUGGGCCUCCCUUCACGCCAUGUUUGAGCGCCAUGACGUCAACUCCGUGGGGCUGCUCCUUGACGAAUACUGGGAGACAACGCUCGCAACCUGCACUGGUGCCGUCGCCUACACCGGCCGCAUGACCUCUCUCGCCAAGCGACUUAAGGCUCGCCAGUCCGAACUCCCCCAGUUCAUCCAGAUAGAUCGCCUUCUCCGCGGUCUCAACCCGUCCUACGACAUGCACGUCAUUGCCUUCCGCGAAAAUCAGCCGUUUGCGGAUGUUGCUGCUGUUGUUCAAUGGAUCAUUGACACCGAAACCCGCCUCCUUCGUACCAACCCGCCUUCUCUCAACACGGCUCAAGCACCCGCGCCAGAACUCAACGCCACCCAGACACGCGGUGGUGGGCGUGGUGGUGGUCGCGGUGGCGGACGUGGAGGUGGGCGUGGUGGCGGCCGUGGUGGUGGACGUGGUGGCACCUUUGGUGGACGCACUCCUUCUUGCACGGGCGGCCCUGGAGGAAGUGGACGUGGUGAUUCUUUCAGCAGAGGCCAUGCAGAGGCCAAGCAGAGGCCAAGCAGAGGCCAAGCAGAGGCCAUGCAGAGGCCAUGCAGAGGCCAUGCAGAGGCCAUGCAGAGGCCAUGCAGAGGCCAUGCAGAGGCCAUGCAGAGGCCAUGCAGAGGCCAUGCAGAGGCCAAGCAGAGGCCAAGCAGAGGCCAUGCAGAGGCCAUGCAGAGGCCAUGCAGAGGCCAUGCAGAGGCCAUGCAGAGGCCAAGCAGAGGCCAUGCAGAGGCCAUGCAGAGGCCAUGCAGAGGCCAUGCAGAGGCCAUGCAGAGGCCAAGCAGAGGCCAUGCAGAGGCCAAGCAGAGGCCAUGCAGAGGCCAAGCAGAGGCCAUGCAGAGGCCAAGCGGAGGCCAUGCAGAGGCCAAGCGGAGGCCAUGCAGAGGCCAAGCGGAGGCCAUGCAGAGGCCAAGCGGAGGCCAUGCAGAGGCCAAGCAGAGGCCAUGCAGAGGCCAUGCAGAGGCCAUGCAAAGGCCAAGCAGAGGCCAUGCAGAGGCCAAGCAGAGGCCAUGCAGAGGCCAAGCAGAGGCCAUGCAGAGGCCAAGCAGAGGCCAAGCAGAGGCCAAGCAGAGGCCAAGCAGAGGCCAUGCAGAGGCCAUGCAGAGGCCAUGCAGAGGCCAUGCAGAGGCAAUGCAGAGGCCAUGCAGAGGCCAUGCAGAGGCCAUGCAGAGGCCAAGCAGAGGCCAUGCAGAGGCCAAGCAGAGGCCAUGCAGAGGCCAAGCAGAGGCCAUGCAGAGGCCAAGCGGAGGCCAUGCAGAGGCCAAGCAGAGGCCAUGCAGAGGCCAAGCAGAGGCCAUGCAGAGGCCAAGCAGAGGCCAUGCAGAGGCCAAGCAGAGGCCAAGCAGAGGCCAAGCAGAGGCCAAGCAGAGGCCAUGCAGAGGCCAUGCAGAGGCCAAGCAGAGGCCAUGCAGAGGCCAUGCAGAGGCCAUGCAGAGGCCAUGCAGAGGCCAUGCAGAGGCCAUGCAGAGGCCAAGCAGAGGCCAAGCAGAGGCCAUGCAGAGGCCAUGCAGAGGCCAUGCAGAGGCCAUGCAGAGGCCAUGCAGAGGCCAAGCAGAGGCCAUGCAGAGGCCAUGCAGAGGCCAUGCAGAGGCCAUGCAGAGGCCAUGCAGAGGCCAAGCAGAGGCCAUGCAGAGGCCAAGCAGAGGCCAUGCAGAGGCCAAGCGGAGGCCAUGCAGAGGCCAAGCGGAGGCCAUGCAGAGGCCAAGCGGAGGCGAUGCAGAGGCCAAGCGGAGGCCAUGCAGAGGCCAAGCGGAGGCCAUGCAGAGGCCAAGCGGAGGCCAUGCAGAGGCCAAGCAGAGGCCAUGCAGAGGCCAUGCAGAGGCCAUGCAGAGGCCAAGCAGAGGCCAUGCAGAGGCCAAGCAGAGGCCAUGCAGAGGCCAAGCAGAGGCCAUGCAGAGGCCAAGCAGAGGCCAAGCAGAGGCCAAGCAGAGGCCAAGCAGAGGCCAUGCAGAGGCCAUGCAGAGGCCAUGCAGAGGCCAUGCAGAGGCCAAGCAGAGGCCAUGCAGAGGCCAUGCAGAGGCCAAGCAGAGGCCAUGCAGAGGCCAUGCAGAGGCCAUGCAGAGGCCAAGCAGAGGCCAUGCAGAGGCCAAGCGGAGGCCAUGCAGAGGCCAAGCGGAGGCCAUGCAGAGGCCAUGCAGAGGCCAUGCAGAGGCCAAGCAGAGGCCAUGCAGAGGCCAAGCAGAGGCCAUGCAGAGGCCAAGCAGAGGCCAAGCAGAGGCCAAGCAGAGGCCAAGCAGAGGCCAUGCAGAGGCCAUGCAGAGGCCAAGCAGAGGCCAUGCAGAGGCCAUGCAGAGGCCAUGCAGAGGCCAAGCAGAGGCCAUGCAGAGGCCAAGCAGAGGCCAUGCAGAGGCCAAGCAGAGGCCAUGCAGAGGCCAAGCAGAGGCCAUGCAGAGGCCAAGCAGAGGCCAUGCAGAGGCCAAGCAGAGGCCAAGCAGAGGCCAAGCAGAGGCCAAGCAGAGGCCAAGCGGAGGCCAUGCAGAGGCCAAGCGGAGGCCAUGCAGAGGCCAAGCGGAGGCCAUGCAGAGGCCAAGCAGAGGCCAUGCAGAGGCCAUGCAGAGGCCAUGCAGAGGCCAAGCAGAGGCCAUGCAGAGGCCAAGCAGAGGCCAUGCAGAGGCCAAGCAGAGGCCAUGCAGAGGCCAAGCAGAGGCCAAGCAGAGGCCAAGCAGAGGCCAAGCAGAGGCCAUGCAGAGGCCAUGCAGAGGCCAUGCAGAGGCCAUGCAGAGGCCAUGCAGAGGCCAUGCAGAGGCCAUGCAGAGGCCAUGCAGAGGCCAUGCAGAGGCCAUGCAGAGGCCAAGCAGAGGCCAUGCAGAGGCCAAGCAGAGGCCAUGCAGAGGCCAAGCGGAGGCCAUGCAGAGGCCAAGCGGAGGCCAUGCAGAGGCCAAGCAGAGGCCAUGCAGAGGCCAAGCAGAGGCCAUGCAGAGGCCAAGCAGAGGCCAAGCAGAGGCCAUGCAGAGGCCAAGCAGAGGCCAUGCAGAGGCCAUGCAGAGGCCAUGCAGAGGCCAUGCAGAGGCCAUGCAGAGGCCAUGCAGAGGCCAUGCAGAGGCCAUGCAGAGGCCAAGCAGAGGCCAUGCAGAGGCCAAGCAGAGGCCAUGCAGAGGCCAAGCGGAGGCCAUGCAGAGGCCAAGCGGAGGCCAUGCAGAGGCCAAGCAGAGGCCAUGCAGAGGCCAAGCAGAGGCCAUGCAGAGGCCAAGCAGAGGCCAUGCAGAGGCCAAGCAGAGGCCAUGCAGAGGCCAUGCAGAGGCCAAGCAGAGGCCAUGCAGAGGCCAUGCAGAGGCCAUGCAGAGGCCAUGCAGAGGCCAUGCAGAGGCCAUGCAGAGGCCAAGCAGAGGCCAAGCAGAGGCCAUGCAGAGGCCAUGCAGAGGCCAUGCAGAGGCCAUGCAGAGGCCAUGCAGAGGCCAAGCAGAGGCCAUGCAGAGGCCAUGCAGAGGCCAUGCAGAGGCCAUGCAGAGGCCAUGCAGAGGCCAAGCAGAGGCCAUGCAGAGGCCAAGCAGAGGCCAUGCAGAGGCCAAGCGGAGGCCAUGCAGAGGCCAAGCGGAGGCCAUGCAGAGGCCAAGCGGAGGCCAUGCAGAGGCCAAGCGGAGGCCAUGUAGAGGCCAAGCGGAGGCCAUGCAGAGGCCAAGCAGAGGCCAUGCAGAGGCCAUGCAGAGGCCAUGCAGAGGCCAAGCAGAGGCCAUGCAGAGGCCAAGCAGAGGCCAUGCAGAGGCCAAGCAGAGGCCAUGCAGAGGCCAAGCAGAGGCCAAGCAGAGGCCAAGCAGAGGCCAAGCAGAGGCCAAGCAGAGGCCAAGCAGAGGCCAUGCAGAGGCCAUGCAGAGGCCAUGCAGAGGCCAUGCAGAGGCCAUGCAGAGGCCAAGCAGAGGCCAUGCAGAGGCCAUGCAGAGGCCAUGCAGAGGCCAAGCAGAGGCCAUGCAGAGGCCAAGCAGAGGCCAUGCAGAGGCCAAGCAGAGGCCAUGCAGAGGCCAAGCGGAGGCCAUGCAGAGGCCAAGCGGAGGCCAUGCAGAGGCCAAGCGGAGGCCAUGCAGAGGCCAAGCGGAGGCCAUGCAGAGGCCAAGCGGAGGCCAUGUAGAGGCCAAGCGGAGGCCAUGCAGAGGCCAAGCGGAGGCCAUGCAGAGGCCAUGCAGAGGCCAUGCAGAGGCCAAGCAGAGGCCAUGCAGAGGCCAAGCAGAGGCCAUGGAGAGGCCAAGCAGAGGCCAUGGAGAGGCCAAGCAGAGGCCAUGCAGAGGCCAAGCAGAGGCCAUGCAGAGGCCAAGCGGAGGCCAUGCAGAGGCCAAGCGGAGGCCAUGCAGAGGCCAUGCAGAGGCCAUGCAGAGGCCAAGCAGAGGCCAUGCAGAGGCCAAGCAGAGGCCAUGCAGAGGCCAAGCAGAGGCCAUGCAGAGGCCAAGCAGAGGCCAUGCAGAGGCCAAGCAGAGGCCAUGCAGAGGCCAAGCAGAGGCCAUGCAGAGGCCAAGCAGAGGCCAUGCAGAGGCCAAGCAGAGGCCAUGCAGAGGCCAAGCAGAGGCCAUGCAGAGGCCAAGCAGAGGCCAUGCAGAGGCCAAGCAGAGGCCAUGCAGAGGCCAAGCAGAGGCCAUGCAGAGGCCAUGCAGAGGCCAAGCAGAGGCCAAGCAGAGGCCAAGCAGAGGCCAAGCAGAGGCCAAGCAGAGGCCAAGCAGAGGCCAAGCAGAGGCCAAGCGGAGGCCAUGCAGAGGCCAAGCGGAGGCCAUGCAGAGGCCAAGCGGAGGCCAUGCAGAGGCCAAGCGGAGGCCAUGCAGAGGCCAAGCAGAGGCCAAGCAGAGGCCAAGCAGAGGCCAAGCAGAGGCCAAGCAGAGGCCAAGCGGAGGCCAUGCAGAGGCCAAGCGGAGGCCAUGCAGAGGCCAAGCGGAGGCCAAGCGGAGGCCAAGCGGAGGCCAAGCGGAGGCCAAGCGGAGGCCAAGCGGAGGCCAAGCGGAGGCCAAGCGGAGGCCAAGCGGAGGCCAAGCGGAGGCCAAGCGGAGGCCAAGCGGAGGCCAAGCGGAGGCCAAGCGGAGGCCAAGCGGAGGCCAAGCGGAGGCCAAGCGGAGGCCAAGCGGAGGCCAAGCGGAGGCCAAGCGGAGGCCAAGCGGAGGCCAAGCGGAGGCCAAGCGGAGGCCAAGCGGAGGCCAAGCGGAGGCCAAGCGGAGGCCAAGCGGAGGCCAAGCGGAGGCCAAGCGGAGGCCAAGCGGAGGCCAAGCGGAGGCCAAGCGGAGGCCAAGCGGAGGCCAAGCGGAGGCCAAGCGGAGGCCAAGCGGAGGCCAAGCGGAGGCCAAGCGGAGGCCAAGCGGAGGCCAAGCGGAGGCCAAGCGGAGGCCAAGCGGAGGCCAAGCGGAGGCCAAGCGGAGGCCAAGCGGAGGCCAAGCGGAGGCCAAGCGGAGGCCAAGCGGAGGCCAAGCGGAGGCCAAGCGGAGGCCAAGCGGAGGCCAAGCGGAGGCCAAGCGGAGGCCAAGCGGAGGCCAAGCGGAGGCCAAGCGGAGGCCAAGCGGAGGCCAAGCGGAGGCCAAGCGGAGGCCAAGCGGAGGCCAAGCGGAGGCCAAGCGGAGGCCAAGCGGAGGCCAAGCGGAGGCCAAGCGGAGGCCAAGCGGAGGCCAAGCGGAGGCCAAGCGGAGGCCAAGCGGAGGCCAAGCGGAGGCCAAGCGGAGGCCAAGCGGAGGCCAAGCGGAGGCCAAGCGGAGGCCAAGCGGAGGCCAAGCGGAGGCCAAGCGGAGGCCAAGCGGAGGCCAAGCGGAGGCCAAGCGGAGGCCAAGCGGAGGCCAAGCGGAGGCCAAGCGGAGGCCAAGCGGAGGCCAAGCGGAGGCCAAGCGGAGGCCAAGCGGAGGCCAAGCGGAGGUGCCACAUGGCACUAGACCCCCCUGCCACUCGCCCCUCGCAUCUCCCCCCUACAGCUUGACCGACACGCACAUGCCGUGCCUGCACACACCUGGCCCGCUUCGGUCUGCCAGCCCCAGGCAGGAAGAGAAGAGGGGAGAGCAGCUGAUGUUAGCGCAUUGGGUUCGUUGGAAGGAAGCCUGUGCAGCCGUGCAUGCGACGUGUAGAGAGGGUGCUUUUGAGACGUCUCAAAAACACCCUCUCUACAGGAGGAGAGGAGAGCAGCUGAUGUUAACGCAUUGGGUUGGUUGGAAGCCCGUGCAGCCGUGCAUGCGACGUGUAGAGAGGGUGUUUUUGAGACGUCUCAAAAACACCCUCUCUACAGGAGGAGAGGAGAGCAGCUGA